AUGGGUGACGAUCAACGUCGUACGUCCAUUCUUGGCCUUUUGGAUCGUGUUCAUGACUUCGCGUUGGUUCUCUGCGUCGAGGGCGGAUGUGCACUCGUCGAGGAUGAGCAAGCCGGCGUUGCGGACGAGAGCACGGGCGAUCGAGAUGCGUUGCGCUUGACCACCCGAGAUGAGACUGGCGUUUUCACCGACAAAGGUUUCGUAGCCUUCAGGGAGGGUCAUGAUAAAGUCAUGGAUGUUGGCCUCCUUGGCGGCACGCUCAAUCUCCUCGCGGGGGACGACGGUCGAUCCACCAUAGCCGAUAUUGUCCUCGACCGAGGCGGCAAAGAGGUGAGGGUGUUGGGAAACGACAGCAAUGUGUUCUCUCAACCAGACGACGUCAGCGUUGUGCAGGCGGUGUCCAUUGAUGCUGAUGAAUCCAGCGUUGGGCUCGUACAAUCGUUGCAAGAGAGCGGCGACGGUCGACUUGCCGGAUCCGGAGGCACCGACGAGGGCAACGCAUUCGUUGGGUUUGAUCUUGAGGCUCAUGUUGCGGAGAACCGUGACUUCUGGCCUGGACGGGUAUGCGAACGAAAUAUCGUGGAAGCGAAUUGGACCUUGGACACGCCACCGGUUCGUGCCCUGGGAUUCUUGGGUAUCCUUGUUCAAUUAGCAUGGGAAUAUAUCCUCAAUUUCAACACGUUACUCACCAAAGUAAAGCAUUUGAGCGCCGAUAGUGAGCGAAAAGGCGACCAAGUUGA